CGAGGAUAAGCGACGGACUCGGUUUGCAUGCGUGUUCGGGCCGCUCCUGAGGGGGAUCUCAAUAAUUGUCAAUAUAAAUACGACGACGCGUCCGAAUCUAUACCUUUGCUAUUCAAACUUGCAUUGCGAUAAUUGUAGAAAAACUAAGUACCUGCAAUAUUAGAAAUAGAAAUUAUAGUGAUCAUCAUGAUUUUAUUUCAAGUAAGUGUACUUGUGAUCGGAUUGAUGGCGUUUUCGGAUGCUGUUCCGGUGCCGCAACAGACGCCCGAGCCAAUCAAGAUCAUCAGUCAGACAAACGAUCUGCAACCGGAUGGCGCUUAUGAAUGGAGUUUUGAGAGUGCAAACAGCAUAAAAGCACAAGAAACUGGCUCGGUGAAACCUAGCAACGAUCCGGAAAACCCCACAGUGAUUGUAGCGCAAGGAUCUUAUUCGUAUACCGAUCCUGAUGGUAAUCAAAUUUCGGUUACCUACACCGCUGAUGAUGAAGGUGGGUUUAAAGCGCAAGGAGCGCAUCUUCCUACGCCACCGCCUAUUCCUGCGAACAUUCAGAAGGCGUUGGAUUGGAUCGCCUCUCAACCAUCUACCACAGAACGCGCUGGAAAACGGAAAUAAUUGACAAUACAUUAAACACGGACCGGAAAAUGAAGUAGACUUGAAAAUCGUAACAAGGAUAAUAAUAAUGCUGAUACCACAUGAAUGAACAACAUAUUUUUUAUACUGUAUUGAAUUAAUAAAUUAAUAUAUGUAAUAUAUGCAAAAUAGGAAGAAUGAAUAAAGGAUAAACCUUUAAAAUUAUUGAAAA